UCGAAGUAACCUAGUGUCAUCCAUCUAUCCUUGGGUCAUCGGUUUCUCCCCUUAUUUAGUCCCUCCCGAUCUCCUGUUCGGUUGCAGUUCCCCUCUUUCUCACCUGGUUGUCCUUCCGCCACAUCCCGUUGCGCCUUCUGAAUCACGUCACCGUCGCGCAGACCGUCCUUGAAAGAAACCGUCUUGCCCAAUUGAAAACACCUUUCUUUCGCUUUUACUCACCUUCUACUCUUUCGUGUACUUAGAAUCGACUGCGGUACUGAGCCGAACCUUUCAUUAUGCAUCGCACCUAUUCUAUGCGCCAGACGCGCAUGCCGACCGCAUCACAGGUCGAGAACCCGCCCCCGCCCUUGUCCACCACCAAGACGAGCAGAUGGCUUGGCAAAGGCGGCUUCGGCCACGCCUUCCGCAAGAAUGCGGCAGGGGCGUUUGGCCCCGAUCUCGCGAGGAAGCUGGCGCAGUUGGUGAAGAUGGAGAAGAACGUCAUGCGCAGCCUCGAGUUGGUGUCCAAGGAGCGCAUGGAGACUGCGCAACAACUCUCCAUCUGGGGUGAGAACUGCGACGAAGACGUCUCGGAUGUGACCGACAAGCUGGGUGUUCUGCUGUACGAGGUCGGAGAGUUGGAGGAUCUCUAUGUCGACCGCUACGACCAGUAUCGUGUCACCAUCAAGAGCAUCCGUAACAUCGAGGCUUCCGUCCAGCCCAGCCGUGACCGCAAGCAGAAGAUCACCGACGAGAUCGCCAAGCUGAAGUACAAGGACCCGAACUCCCCUCGUAUCGUCGUGCUCGAGCAGGAGCUGGUUCGCGCCGAGGCAGAGUCUCUCGUCGCCGAGGCCCAGCUGUCCAACAUCACCCGCGAGAAGCUCAAGGCGGCCUUCUCGUACCAGUUCGACGCUCUCCGUGAGCACUGUGAGAAGGUGGCCAUCAUCGCCGGCUACGGCAAGCACCUGCUGGAUCUCAUUGACGACACGGCCGUUACUCCGGGUGAGACCCGCCAGGCCUACGAUGGCUACGACGCCAGCAAGGCCAUCAUCAAGGACUGUGAGGGUGCCCUGGCCGACUGGGUGUCCUCCAAGGCCGUAGUCAAGUCUGAAUUGUCGACCCGGUCGCGUACGCUCUCCCAACGCCAUCGCGAGAACGUCCACAAGCAACGGGAGGGUGUCGACCUGUCCAACCAGGACCAAGCGAUGCGGGGUGACCGUGACUCGUGGGUACCGGCGGGCCAGCACGCGACCUACCACGUCGUGGAAGACGGCGAAGAGGGUGCCAGCACGGUUGACGGCGAGGCCCGGGGACGAGACGAGGAGCGGGUGACCGUCGUCCCAGCCUAAGGGAUCUCUCUCUCUUUCUUUUGGAAUAAUAAUAUUAGAGCACCGUCUGAGGUGAAAAGACGCCGGCGCUCUUCUUCAAACAUACGAAGUGACCCAUCCUAUCGUCGG